UAAUGACAAACAGAAUGCUUGAUGCUUGUAUCGACUUAUGGUUCCUUUAAUGAAAAGCAUUCACGUAUUAUCGUUUGCUCUAUUUUUCCUAUUUGAAGCGAUAUAUUCAAUAUAAUAAAAUAUAUCCUUUUAACUAUGAAAAUAAUCAAAGACCUAAUACGAGAUAAAAGUACAUACAAUGGUUUAUAACCUCUCAAUAGUUACAUCACUGCUUGUUCUUUUCUUCUUGUAUAACAUAUUCCAAAGUGCAAAGUCCGAUGUAGCUGUCGCUAGCUCAUGAUAAUGAUUGAUAAGCGAUUAUCGUAAGAUAUAAUACAGUUAUGCAAAUACAUAAAGCGUAAAGGAAUAAGAUGUUCGCUUUGGAUCUGCUUCGUAAGAUUGCAUUCAAAUUAUUAUCGUUUUGAACACGAGAAAUUUUACAAUAUUUAUUAAAAUUACUUGCCGCUCUGUUCUUGCUAGUUAUAUAAUUGUAAGUUGAAAUAAAAAAAAAACGCAAAACUUGAUCGAAAAAGAUGGAUAUUGUUGUAAAGUUGAAUGAGCAAACGGCAGGGAGAGACAAAAUAAUAAGAUUGUUUCAAUAUGGGAGUCGAGCGUAUUGGUACUAUGCACAAAAUAUACAUAGUACAAGGUACUCUGCAGAAAUUUUGAGGAGUUUGGAAUACACUUUUAGCUCAUUUCGAAAAUUAUUGCGCUUUGGAAGAUGCUUAGACAGUUUCUAUUCCGCCCUAAAAAUGAUCAAGUAUCCCAAUCCUACAGUGAGAAUAACAUUAAUCAUGGCAAAGAUGGCAAAUGCUUUGUACUUACUGGCAGAUCAUUUUAUCUGGAUUGGUAGAGUGGGAAUUUUACGAAUUGAUUUAGAAAAAUGGAAUAAAGUUGCUAAUAAAUACUGGUUACUAACUAUCGUUAUGAGUUUAAUAAGAGAUAUUUAUGAGAUUGUUAAGAUUUUGGAACACGAAAAGAAUGUAUUUAAACGACAUCAUAUAUUAUGCUGUCUAAAAAAUCACAAAGAAGUAAUGAUGGAUACCGUUAAAAAUGGAUGUGAUUUAUUUAUUCCAUUAACAGCAUUGGGUGUCACGAAAUGUACUCCAGGUACAAUAGGUUUACUUGGAAUAAUUUCUUCGUUGAUUGCUUUGUAUACAAUUAUCGAUCCGCUUUAUAAAUUGUCUCCAUCCUAAGACAUUUUGUAAAUGCCUUUUCAUUCAUUUCAAGUCACUCAAUACUUAUAUAUGUAUAACAUAUAUUCAUUAUAUCGUAUUUACAUAUGAUUAUAAAGAAAAAGAGGGACACAGAUCGAGGGGCAGUUAUUUAUAAGUGUACAUAGUAACAGAAGCAAUAUUCUUAUAUAAAAUGUUAUAUAAUUACUUAUGAUGAAGGUAUGUAUCGAUUAAAUGGAGGAAAUGUA